CGCCGUACUGACUCUGACUUGGUGAUGACGCAAGCAACGCCGGACUAUGAUACGAGUGACACCACAGCGGCACACAGAGCCAGACUUUAUCAUCUUUUCGGACUCAUCGAUAAGGAGUUUGACGCUUUGUAUGCCGAAAACUGCGCAUUACGUGCUAAAAUUGAAGCGCUAGACGUCGGAGGUGAUGGCGACGUUUCUGUGCUGCAAGGAGAUCCGUUCACUCCAACUAAUGAAAUCGUCAAAAGUGGUGGAAGCAAGAGAGACGGCGAUUUUUGCUUUUCUAUCUUGGCUUGA